AGACGAGUUCGGAUUGGUUUGAGUGGAAGUAAAGGUUGACCUUGUUCGAAAGUGAAGAAGUAUGUGUUUAACUGGAUAACGUUUGCGUAUGUCAACAGCUCGAUACUUCCUAUAAUAUUAUUAGCGCCCAUAUAUCAAGCAAGAAGCAUCUGGUUCAAGUGACAUAUAUCCCAUCAUAAUGAACGCCAGCAACACUAGCAACGCCGGCGGGGAUCUCUCAGCGGCGUCUCACAUCUUGACGGUCUACAAGUUGCUGUACGAAUAUGUGCUACCACUUAUUGUAUUUGUCGGUCUAAUCGGAAAUCUGACGUCAAUAUACCUGUUACAACUUGACAAGCAGAUGCGCAAAGUAUCCUCCAGUGUUUUUCUAACGUCCGUGCUGGUGUCGGACACUGGGAUGCUUAUGAGCCUAUUACUGGUCUGGAUUGAGUCGCUGGGAUACCCCGUAAAUCACCUUCCCGCCGUGUGCCGCAUCAACGUCUAUCUCACAUACGUCUUUGGAUUCCUCUCUAUAUGGUAUGUGGUUUGCAUCAGUGUUGAGACGUUCAUAACCAUAUGUCAUCCAACCAGGAUCAAACAGAUGUGCACGUUGUUCCGAGCACGUGCGGUGGCGGUAAUGCUGCUCGCCUUUGCCCUGGUGCUGUAUGUGGUGGCACCAUUCAUUACCGAGGUACAAAGCGUUCCCCAUUCGAACACUACAAAAAACUGUCUGCCUAUUGCGCAAUACGCCCACUUACUCCAGCUUCUGUUCUACGUUGACCUGGUUCUGACCUUACUCCUGCCGUUUGUCCUCCUCAUCAUCUUGCUCACCUUCAUGACGGUUGCCAUUGUUCGCUCGAUCCAAAGAAAACAACAACGAAAUAAUAGAAAAACCAAUGAGGAGUAUCAUACAUCUAGAAUAAGGAAACUUCCACAGGUUCGGGUGGCGAAAAUGCUCUUCAUUCUAUCGGUCAGUGUCGUGUUCCUAAAUAUACCCAGUCACGGGUUUAAACUGAAGUCUUUGAUUUCUGGUAAUGCCAUUCUGUCGGAGACGGAAAGCUUGAUUCACCUGUUAUUGCUUUUCUUAAGUUACACCUCAUUUUCAGUUAAGUUUUUUAUUUGCGUCGCUUGCAGUAAGAACUUCAGGAAAUUAAUAGAUCAACAUUGUGUUUUUGGAAAAACAACGCGUUAUCAAACCGUUGCACAGCAAACAAUGGAGACCGCAACGUAAACAAAUAUGUUGUUGUAUGCAUUUGUUUUAUUACAUUAAAAAUAUUGGAUGUGAACUAUAUAAGUACUAUUCUUGUCAUUUAAAACAAAUAUUUAACCGUGUCACACCCAAUAUACCUAGAUGGUAUAAAAUGACAACUCGUAUCAGACCUUGUAUAUCUAGAUGGUAUAAAAUGAAAACUCCUGUCAGACGCUAUAUAUCAAGCUUCUAUAAAAUGACAACUUCUGUCAGACGCUAUAUAUCUAGAUGGUAUAACAUGACAACUCGUGUAAGACGCUUUAUAUCUAUAUAGAUGGUAUAAAAUGACAACUCGUGUCGGACGCUAUAUAUCUACAUGGUAUAAAAUGACAACUCGUGUAAGACGCUUUAUAUCUAGAUGGUAUAAAAUGACAACUCGUGUCAGACGCGAUAUAUCUAGAUGGUAUAAAAUGACAACUCGUGUCAGACGCUAUAUAUCUAGAUGGUAUAAAAUGACAACUCGUGUCAGACGCUAUAUAUCUAGAUGGUAUAAAAUGACAACUCGUGUAAGACGCUAUAUAUCUAGAUGGUAUAAAAUGACAACUUGUGUCAGACGCUAUAUAUCUAGAUGGUAUAAAAUGACAACUCGUGUCAGACGCUAUAUAUCAAGCUUGUAUAAAAUGACAACUCGUGUCAGACGCUAUAUAUCUAGAUGGUAUAAAAUGACAACUCGUGUAAGACGUUAUAUAUCUAGAUGGUAUAAAAUGACAACUCGUGUCAGACGCUAUAUAUAUCUAGAUGGUAUAAAAUGACAACUCGUGUCAGACGCUAUAUAUAUCAAGCUUGUAUAAAAUGACAACUCGUGUCAGACGCUAUAUAUCAAGCUUGUAUAAAAAUGACAACUCGUGCCAGACGCUAUAUAUCAAGAUUGUAUAAAAUGACAACUCUCGUGUAUGAAGAGGCAAUUCGUGUAAACCUUAUAUGUGUUGCAGCUUUUGGCUAUAUUUACAGCGAUUUAUUUUCUAUAAUAGGAGGAUUUUUUUUACCAUGAAAUGACAACGCGUUAUUUCUCUUUUCUAGAUGAUAUAAUGAUUUUUUUUGUUUUACAGAAACGUCGUUUGAUUUGAAAAUAUGUGUUAAAAGAUCGGUCAAUGGCAAUUCAUGCUAGGCAAGCUUUGACAAAGUUACUUACUAUCAGUUAUUUGGCACAGUUCAUAACCUCGUUUAACUCUGACAUUGCAUGGCCACAUGUGUCACUUUACAUGUGUUUAUCUUUAGAAUGUCAUAUGAUUUUACCUACAUUUAUAUUAAAGAGCUAUAAUGUGGAGUGAUUCUGACGUGAUGUUGAGCCAUGAAAAAAUACGCAUGUCUUUUUAAACAUUUGUUUUCAAUGCUUUACGUGUCUUACAAUGAUGAGAUAUUUAACUGGUCAGCCAUUUUACCAAUCGACCAUAUGCGCAUGUUACAAGAAUAAUACUAUAUCAAUAUUAUGUUAACCAUAAGCUAUCCCAUUCAUUAUUGUAGUCAGUGUUACGUUCACAUUCGUGUUACAGUCUGUGAAACGUGAAAUUCCCUAAUGAUCGAUUGAUAAUUAAUAUUUUACAUGAUAUGUUAUUUUUAUUAACGAAUUAUGUAUACAAUAGCAGCAAUAUUAUGUUAUAUUUUUAUAA